CAAUUCCUCCUUGGUCUUUCGCAUUGGAAAUCCGCUCGUCUCUUCUUUAUCUCGACCCGACCCGACCCGAUUGUUUUUCUUCUCUCUUUCAGAACCGCCAUUUCCGCUGCACCUUCAUCGAUUUUUCUCUUCCAUUUUCAAAUCCUCUCUUGGCUUCUUCGAUCUCAAUUGCUCGUGUAUGGCAGCAAGCUUGUUGGCCUGCGAGGUAUCUGACCUAUGCCUUGGAAAACCUGCGCUUCGAUCCAUAUCCAUCUCCGCCACUGUCGCCGAUGCGUUAUCAGUCUUGACGAGGAUUGACGAAGGCUACAUAAGCAUCUGGAGCUGUGGAGAUCACUCCUCUCUUAAGCCGGAUUUCGAUUUGCAUUGUCGUUGCGUUGGUAAAGUAUGCAUGGUGGAUAUUAUCUGUUUUCUUUGCAGACAAGAGAAUUUGUUGCAACCGGCGGUUGCGCUUCGAUCUCCGAUCUCUGUUUUGAUUCCUGAGGGACUCGGACUGGUUAGACAUUUGGAGCCUCAUGUCAGUUUGAUGGAGGCGAUUGAUCUUAUACACGAAGGAGUUCAUAACCUUGUUAUCCCAAUCAAAAUGAGCACAAGUAAGAGGAAAAGCUUCCUUAAGAAAUCAUCGUCUAAUUCCAUCUCCUCUCUCCAUAACGAUCAAGAAUACUGCUGGCUUGCUCCGGAGGAUAUAAUCCGUUACCUCCUCAACUCAAUCGGACUUUUCAGCCCUAUCGCCGCGAAUCCUAUCGAUUCCUUCAACAUAAUUGACACAAUUAACAUUCUCGCCGUCCAUUACGACGAAUCUGCGUUAUCUAUUCUACCUCUAAUCUCACAAGCGUUGAUUCACCAAUCCUCUGUCGCCAUCGUUGACUUGGACGACAAAUUGAUUGGCGAAAUUUCACCAUUCACGCUCAAUUUCUGCGACGAGACGGUGGCGGCGGCUAUAGCAACGCUCACAGCCGGUGAACUCAUGGCCUAUAUAGACUGUGGCGGCCCGCCGGAUGAUUUAGUGCAAUUAGUGAAAGAAAGAUUGGAAGAGAAAAACUUAGAGGCGGUUCUGGAGUGGUUCGAGGAAGAAUCAUCAACAAUAUCAUCAUCGUCUUCAAUUUGUUCUUCUUCAGAUGAUGAGUUUGGAUCUGGAUCGAGUUGUGGAUCAGGGAGAAGUGGAAAGAUGGGUGGAUACUCAGCGAGAGUAUUGAGAAGAUCAGAGGCGAUUGUUUGUUAUCCAUGGAAUUCUUUGGUUGCAGUAAUGAUUCAAGCUUUAGCUCAUCGAGUCAGCUAUGUGUGGGUCACUCAAGAAGACGGAACUCUCGCCGGAACUGUUACCUUUGCUUCAAUGUUGGCUGUUUUUCGGGAUAGAUUAAAGUCUCUAUAGAAUAACGUUUCACAUAAAAUUUCAAAGCUUAUGGAGUGAUCCAAAAUGGUUUUUGCUUUUGGAGAUUGAACACGAAAAUGGUUAAAAAUCAAUGCAAAAAUCUGAAACUGAUUUGGCAAAAACCCUAACUAGGAAAUGAAAUAACAACUUUACCAUUCCAAAAA